CUUUCUCUUAUUCCUGUCUGUUGACAUCAGGACUUCCAAAACAAGGCGGUUCUCACGUCUAUAAUCUGCCAAACUGGAAAGAUUUCAGGUUUGCAGAAGGCAUGUCAGAGGGAGGGGUCACAGGUUUCUGACAGGAUAAAAGGAAUCUCACAGCAUCAGAUCAUCACACUGGAAGCUCCAGUUUGAAGACUCUCACACGCACAACUCCUCUGAUCUACACAACUUCACCAGGUUGGAGAAAUGGCCUCAGAUAAUAAGAACGUAGCUGCCCUGGGUCGACCUUUCACCCUGGGAAUGCUCUAUGAUGCUCUGAGAGAUGAACUGAUCCCAGGUUUGACAUUGUGGGAUGAUGAAACUCUGCAAGGUAAGAUAACUGAAAACUCUCAGCGCACCAGUGCUUUCCAGAUUUCUGCUUCUGACUCCACUGAAUCCAAGUGCAAUCUGCUGGAUGUUGAAGCUUCUCUGAAGGCCAGUUUCCUGGGAGGACUGAUAGAAGUCGGAGGAUCUGCCAAGUAUCUAAAUGAUCAGAAGAAAUUCCACAAUCAGAGCAGGGUGACGUGUCAGUACAAAACUACCACUAACUUCAAGCAGUUAAAUAUUGAACAACUAACCAUGCAGACCCAACAGAUGGAGGUCAUAAAGAAGAGCUCAGCAACACAUGUAGUCACAGGCAUCCUUUAUGGAGCGAAUGCUUUCUUUGUGUUUGACAGUGAGAAGUUAGAGGCCACCAGUGUUCAGGACAUCCAGGGCAGCAUGCAAGCUGUGAUAAAAAAGAUCCCCUCAUUUAGUAUUGAGGGGCAAGUUGAGCUCAAGCUGAGUGAUGAAGAAAAGGCCUUGACCAAUACCUUCUCCUGCAAGUUCUACGGAGACUUAAGUCUUGAAAGCAACCCUGCAACUUUUGAAGAUGCAGUGAAGACCAACGUACAACUCCCAAAGCUACUGGGAGAAAAAGGAGAGAAGGCUGUUCCAGUGAAGGUCUGGCUGAUGCCGCUGAAGAAUUUCCACUCCGAAAGUGCUGAACUGAAGAAAGAAAUCAGCCUUGGGGUAGUUGGGAAGGCGCAGAAUAGUCUAGACAAAUUAAGGGAAAUGGGAAUGAGAUGCAACGAUUCUCUGGAAGACAACGUGGUGCAGCAGUUUCCUGUGAUUCGAGAAGAGUUGAGCACUUUCCAAACAUUGUGUGGUAUUUAUGCAUCUAACCUCCAGCAGGCUUUGGCAGAGAAACUUCCCUCCAUCCGUGAAGGAAAUGAAGAUGAGAGCUCACUGAUCCAACUGUUUGACGACAGAGACAAGUCCCCAUUCAGUCAGGAAAAACUAACCAAGUGGCUGAAUCGUAAAGAGAGAGAAAUCAACGUGAUCAGAUCCUGUGUAGAUACCAUGGAGGGAACAAAGAUCGUCCCAAAUCAGUCAGAGCUGGACAGAGAGGUUCUUGCUCCAGGUGUAGAAGAUGUUCUGUGCUUUGUUUUCACCUCAGUGGAAAGGGGUGNNNCCGACCUUGAUGUGAUGGCCGACUACUUGCAUUUCCCUAAAUUAGGAAGUACCAAUGAAGAUCCAUGGUUCUACUCAGAUGAAGUUUACACCAAAAUGAGAGGAAAAGCCAAAGCUUUCCAUAACUUUGCCAAAGGACUGAAGAACAACAGUCAAUUCCGUUUCCUCAUAGCAACCAUUGCAAACAAGAACUACACAGGAGCAACCAUCUACCAUUACAAGAACGGCCUUCUGGUCACUGAAGACUUUACAAAGCCUGUCCUCCCUCCUGUGGAGACCAUCACAGACAGAAGAGAUCUGAUCUGGUAUACCUGUGAUCUCAACCUGGACCCAAACACUGUGAAUGGCUGGCUCAUUCUCUCUGAGGGAAACAAGAAGGUAACAUGUGGAGAAUGGCAGUCCUAUCCUGAUCACCCAGAAAGGUUUGAUAAAAAGACUCAAGUGUUGUGCGUAGAAAGGUUAUCUGGGAAACAUUACUGGGAGUUUGAGUGGAGUCAUUGUCCGGACGAUUCAGUUUAUGCUGCCGUUGCAUACAGUGAAAUUGAAAGAAAAUCAAACAGUUAUGAAUUUGGAAUUGGAAAUACCAUAUCGUGGGCUUUUGGCAAAGUAGUUAAUUCUAAAAAUCCCUCACUUAAUGCAUGCUAUGAUGGUAGGGUUUGGAGCGGUCCAGUUCCCUCUGAUGGCUGUAGCAGAGUGGGGGUGUAUCUGGACUGGCCUGCUGGCACUCUGUCCUUCUACAGAGUCUCCUCUAACACACUGAGGCACUUCUACACCUUUCACACCACAUUCACUGAGCCUGUUCACCCAGGAUUCUGGGUUUAUAAAAAAUCCAACUAUAUGAAGCUGUGUCCAUUUAAAUAAGAGCAAUGACUUUUUAGCUUCUUGGUCUGUAAAUUUGGAUAUGGGUUUACAUUUGAUCUUAAACACUGCAUUCAGACCCAGAGGGACCAGGAUCUAUGAUGUAAUCAGGUGGCUGUAUGUGGGAUUUUCUGUCUAUAUGAUCAUUUUGAUUUGAUGCGCUGCCGUCGUCUGAAACUGGUUACUACUUCAGAUUUAUAUUAAUUUUAAACUUCCAUUGCUUGAUAGAUAACUGAUAUAGUUUUAAUAUUACAUUUCUAUUCGAAUUCCUGAUACUUAAAGAUAGAGCUUAUGUUGUUACACAAUUGCUUCAUCAUAACUAAUAUGUUGAAAUAUAACUCAUAACUGAUGCAAAAGAAAAAAUGAUUAACUUGUUUU